AUGAGGAUCCGCUAUCCUUUCGCAGGAGCAUUUGUCUUCCUGUUAAUACUCGCUGGCUAUAUCGGCCUUCUUCCUCACAGUACCUCAUCGUCAAUUCCAUCGAACCUACAGCCAAAUGACAAAUUCCUCCACCUGUUCACCUUUUUCUUGCUGUCCGUCACCUUCUAUUGGAUCGUCGAUACCUCGCGCCGGCGCACCUUGCACUUGACCCUCGUGGUCUGUACACUUGGUCUGGGAAUUGGUUCCGAAAUCUUCCAGGGUUUCCUUCCCAAUGAUCGUCCCUUUGACCCAUUCGAUAUCGUUGCCAAUGUGGUCGGCAGUCUUGGUGCAGUUGGCAUCUGCGGUUGGUAUCACCGCCGCAUGCUGGAGCGUCGCCGAGCGAGCCGCUACGGGAUGAUGGAUGGUGCGGAUGAUGAUGUCGAACUUGGCACCGGUGUUGGUGGACAUUCCAGGGAGGAGGAGGGAAUGGGUCCUCAGGAGUCGGGUGUGACUAACCUGGAGCAAGAGGUGGAUAACUGGGAUGAGAAUGCUGUCGAUAACUGGGACACCGAAGAUGGCGCGGAACCCCCGGAGACAGCGCCCCCAAGCUACCGAGAGCAUGAACACGUAGCCGAGGAGGGAACCGGGAAACGCAACGACUGA